GUGAGCGUGAGCCAUGUUGGUUCCGUGGGCUGCCACCCCCUCCGGUUUGGCUCCACCAACUCACCCGACCACCACAUCCUCCUCGCUCCGCCUCCGAGUGUCCUCGCCAUCAGCCAUCAGCCAUCCUCCAUCCACCCAUCCGCAGUAUCAUGCCGACCGAGACCGCCGACCGGCCCGACCCCCCUCUGCCCGCGACCCUCAAGUGCGCCGAGUGCGGCGCCGCCUCCCUCGGUCCGACGGACGGCGUCAUCAUCCUCGGCGAGACGAUGGAGCGUGUAUGUGCCGCCUGCGUCCGCGCCCGCGGCGGCACUCAUGCAUUCGUCCCCGGCGUCCCGCCACCCGCGCCCGACCUCGACCUCGACAUCUCGGGCUUGCGCGUGAGCCCGCAACGCGCCGUCGUCAUCGACCUUGCCGCUGCGUCGCGACUGCGCCCGCGAUGCCGGCGCGACUCUACGCCCACCCCCUCGCCCGCGAGCUCCUCCGCAUCCCUCCCCGUCCCCUCCGAGCUACAGGCAACUGCAAUGCCCGUGCCCGCGCGCACGCCCGAGGCACCCGAGCCCGCGGACCCACAGAUCGCCAAGUCGCUCCCCGCCGCACGCACGUCCCCCUGGGGAGCGACUACCGCGCCCCGGUCCGUUCCCACCCCCCUCCCCGCCCCGGCCGCAGAGUCCGGCGCCAACCCACUCCUGGACGUGGGACGCGCCCGCCUUCGCUCCGACCCCCGCGGGUGUCUCUACCCCGGCGCCAUCUUCAAGGGCACACAACGCUCCGGCCGCAGCGCGUAUGACGUCGAGAUCCGCCUCCUCGAGGUCAACUUUGCCCAGUCGACAUGCUGCGGAUACCUUACCAUCGCCAAUCUGACCGACACGCAUCCCGAGCUCACGACGUUCUUUGACGGCGAAAUCAUCGGCCCAAAGUACGGGUUCAUCACGGGCGCGCGGUUCGGCGCCACGGAGGUCGACGACAGGCGGCAUUGGGAGCGCUUCGAACCCUACCUCCGCGCAUCAACAAAGGCGGAUCUCGUGCGCCCCGAAAUGCUACUCCGCGACCCCCUACCGAACAUCUCUCGGGGCGAGACGCAACCCCGCGAGCGUGAUUUUGUCUUUCUCCGCAUCAAAGAGAAGUUCCUCGUGCCGGACCACACGGUGCGGGACAUUUCGGGCGCGAGCUUUGCGGGGUUCUACUACGCGAUGGUGGACAUGGCGCCGACGGACGCCGAGCCGGACUGGCGUGCCGAGUACUACCCGACGCGCACGGCACGGCGGCCAAGCAGCGGGGGCGUGGCGCGCCCCGAUGCGCCGCGGCGCAUGUCGUCCACGACGCUGACGGCGCGCCGGGUGUCGACGUCCGGGCCCCGCCCCGAAGCCGGGCGGCGGAUGAGCUCGUCGCGCGCCCAACCGCCGCCCCCAGAGCCCACGUUGAGAGGCUACUACUUCCACUCGCUGAACAACGAGUUCCAAGAGCUGUUCCUCCGCCACGUGCCGUCCACGUCGGCGGGGACGUUUGAGUUGCGCUAGACGUUGUAUACCUGUUGUAGAUGCAUGGGCUGACAGAGCG